GUUGCCAGGGGAACGGGCCCAGCGCCGGACGAGGCCCUGCCCGCCUCGGCCCGGCCGCACCGUCAGCCCGUCCGAGCCGAGCCCGAGGACUCGCCGGUCCAACCUCCGCCGCGCGGCCCGGGAUGGGGCCCCGUUCCGGGGCGCGCCGCCGCCCGGUGCCCGGGGCCGCCUCCGCGGCGAGGGUCUGAAGCGCGGCGCCCGGGGGAGGGUGGACGGCCAGGCGCGGGGACUGAACCGCUGGGUGACCUUGGCGGGGCCGAUCUGGCUCGGCCGCCGCGACGCGCAGAUGUUUUUAAGCCAGCAAACAUUUAUUGAGCACCUACUACAUACAAGAUGAACAUCUGCAACAAGCCCUCCAACAAGACCGCCCCGGAGAAGACUGUGUGGACAGCAGCGGCGUCAAAGGCCAGCAGACCCUCCUCGGAGCUGCUGGGCCAGCAGCGGUCCCGCCGGAAUGGGUGGAGCUGGCCCCCGCACCCGCUGCAGAUCCUGGCCUGGCUGCUCUACUUCUUCUUCGCUCUCAUCGGCUUUGGGGUGCUCGUGCCCCUCUUGCCUCAUGCCUGGCUGCUCUUCGGCUACACUUUUAUGGGCGCCAUCUUUCUCUGCCACCUCGUGGUGCAUCUGACUGCUGUCACUAUAGAUCCAGCAGAUGCCAAUGUGCGGGACAAGAGCUAUACAGGAAACCUGCCCAUCUUCAACCGCAGCCAACACGCGCACGUCAUCGAGAACCUGCACUGCAACUUGUGCGACGUGAAUGUGAGCGAGCGCUCCAAGCAUUGCAGCGCUUGUAAUAAAUGUGUGUGCGGCUUUGACCAUCACUGCAAGUGGCUAAAUAACUGCGUGGGUGAGAGGAACUACAGGCUCUUUCUGCACAGCGUGGUGACCGCCUUACUGGGUGUCCUGCUCCUUGUGGUGGUGGCCAGUUAUGUCUUUGUGGAGUUCUUUGUCAAUCCCAUGCAACUGCGCACUGACAGCCACUUUCAAGACCUGAAGAAUGACACCGAGGAAUGGUUCAUGUUUCUGCCUGCUGCCCCCUUGAAGAUCCAGGCUCCUGUCAUCCCAGUCCUGGCCGCCGUCCUCAUCCUUCUGGGCCUGCUUUCCAUCGCCCUGCUCGGCCACCUGCUUUGCUUCCACAUUUACCUCAUGUGGCACAAGCUCACCACUUACGAGUACAUCGUGCAGCACCGCCCACCGCAGGAGGCAAAGCCCCCCACCUCGCGGGAGUUCAAGUUGUGUCCCCCAGAGAGGCAGCCUAUUCAGUGCACGCAGAGGCCGACAUUCUGUGGAUUUUCUGUGGGUGAAGUGGGUGCAGCGUGCGCAGAGCCGCGGGUGCGUUCCGGCUGUGAACAGCCAGAGGCUGGAGCCCCGGGCGGGGCGGAGGGGGGCAGGGAGUCUGGCUCCUGGUCUGAGCAGAGACUGAGCUGGAAGAAAAUCCUGAGAAGGGGUUCAGUGGCCAGGACUGGGUGGGCUCUCAACGAGCCCGCCUGCCCCCCUGACCACCACCUUCCCCAGGAGACGGACUUCUCCAUGCAGACCUCUGGUCAGGUGCACCCUGAGUCAUCUGACCAUGCUAGGCUGGUCACACUGAAUGCCAACUCCUCCGGCUUCCUUGCCACUACUGGCCAAGUGGAGCCUCUGCCACCCUCCUCCCAAGACACGCUGGCUCCACCUCCCAGGAUCGGACCCCAGGAAAAGAGGAAGAGACGCGUGUGUAAGGUGCCAAAUUCUGUGGCCCCCAGGCAGACGGGGUUCCUGGUCCCCGGCGGCCGCUCCAGCUUCUCAUCGGAUUCCGAGGACACCAGCUCCGAGCUCCCCGCCGACCCUGCCGGCGCCUACCAUUCGGCGUCGGCCGAGUCCAUGGACGAGAUCCCAGUGGCGCAGACGCGCCUGGGCAGCGCCGCUCUGGUGGCCCCGGGGCCCAAGGACCGGGAGCCCGGGCUGGCGCUGCAGGCACGUGCGCCCGCCGUGUUCGUGAGCCUGAGCAGCGGAGAGCCAGGGGCGCCGGGCGGCAGCGAGGCCCGUCUGCCCUAGCGGUGCCCAGAGGCGGAGGGCCGAAGAGGAGCGGCCGGCCCGGUUCUCUAUGCAACACCCUACCCUUGCCGCGCAACGAGUGCACUUUAGGGGCGCCUAAGGCCGGCGGGAUCGGCCCCCCUCCCCCACAAUUCAGCAAUAUCUGCCCCGCCGAUUGUAAUGCUCGAAUAAACUUUUUUAUGCUUUUGCGGA